AUGAGCGGAGAGACUUCGAAUAAUAAGAAGAUCGCAACUCUCUUGCGGCAGGAGACCACGCGCAGACUCGAGGAAGAUCCGGCAUUUCAACAGGUCGACAGUAUUGUUGUAGUUAUGAUCAUUGCUCAGCAUUUCCUCUAAAAAAGGUUUGGCUCUUAUCAAAUAUACAAAUUUUUCGUCUGGUGAAGUAGGAUUAGACUUCCACCUCUAAAAGACUGAUUCCGAGUUAUUGGCACAAAACGUGGCGAUCUCCGUCGUUGCAAAAGCACGUGGAGCAUACUUGCACUUACUGGACACGGUAUCUCAAUAGCGAUAUUUCUGAAAACAAGCGCGUAGGAGUUGUCGUUCCCUAUUUUCGGAACCUGAAGAGCAAAAAGUUCCUCUAUUGGAUGUCGCAGGACGAUUUUCACAGUGGCUGGGAGGGAAAAAGCUCGUUUCAUUACGGAAAGAAGAUAGCACUUCUUCUAGUAGGCCGAAAAUUGUGCAAGUUGGAUUCUUGAUUUCCCCCUAUGCCGGUAUCUAUGCGGAAAGUACGCAGGUAGGUCCUUAACGGAACUCGCUCGAACCACAAAAAAAAAUACUUACUUAAAUUGAGUUGUUGUAGUUGUUAGGGCUUCGACUUGAUUCAGGCCUUCGGAGAGGUUUUAUCUAGAUCUUUGUUCCGGACGAAAUAUGAAUGACUCCUCUAGUAGAAGUAGAAGUGUUACUCGUCUAAUUCUCGGCACAGAGGGGAUACCCAAGUGCGAACCUUGACUUAGCGAGAGAAGGGAAAAGUAUUUCAAGCUAUCAGGUUCUUGAUCUCGUAGUUGAGCGCUUACGGGGACACGGAGACUGGACGUACAAGAAGAGCCCCGAAAUGGCCCAACUGAAGCACAUCGAGCACAAAAACAACGCAGACCUCACGUACGACAUUUAUGUUUUUUUUUCUAUCUGAAUGACAAGGUGAUGAACCAGCAGGCGGGUUCGUGUUAAACUUAAAUUGUGUCGCCUUCUGCUUCUGGAAGAUGCUAUUUUCACUCUGCGGGUUUGUCCGCUCAAGGGACUGCUUCUUGGUCAGAUCCUCGAGACCUGUUGCAAGCAGAGAGAGUCCUGUUCUAAUCAUGGAGUCAGAAUGAACGCGCGGUGAGGAAUGGGGACAAGCAACGCAGGGGGCAGUAUUCGCGCCCUCCUUCGACUGCUGUAAAGCUCGCCGAGGACGAGGAGCACGAAUUGCAGCGACUAUUCGACAUCAAUGGAAAGCGGGAGCAUUCGAUGGAUUUUCCGCCAAAUCAUCUUGUAAAGACUCCGCUUCGACACCAUACAAAUGAAGCGGCAAAUGCACCGAAAGCCAAGCGCAUUUUCAUGGCGGGGCAUAGCGGAGGUUGCCAGCUGCUGCAGCGAUGGGCACUCUACUUAAGGCGGCAAAAAUACAUCUGUGUCUCCCUCUUCGUGCUACACAGCUUGUGUAAUGUCGUAAAAUACGUCGGCAUGUGAAGCUGAAGCUUGGCGAGGACCAGCAUUUAUUUCUCCGAUUUUUUAGCUUUAUUGAAACAAGAAUAAUCGCAAAGUAGUUGAAAUAUCGCAAUCGCGACCUUGAGCCUGACCUAGUAGAGGUAGAAGUACAUCUAAGCUGGAGCCAGAUUUCAGAACCCACAGAUUCUUUGCCAGUACAUGUGCACCUUUCGAGUUGUGGGAGCUACGGUUAUCUGGAUCAUCUGCGCCCGCUUCCUUCAUGGAAAGACGUUCAUUGCUUGCCUAAAACCAAAUAUUAAGAUGACUGUUUAUCUGUUUCUAGCCUCAUUCAUAUCUCUUAGAAGUAUAUUAGUGUCGUGGGGUUGUUUCCGGUUUUCACGAAUCAAACACGACGAUCAGGAGUAAAAAGAACAAACACGAGAAUUGGUCCAGUGGCCAGACAUCAAGGUAGGUUACCGAGAUGAGGACUGCGUCUCUUAGACAUAAUGUGGCAAGAGAUCAACGUUAAACAAAGUCUGGCUUGUUCUAAGGAAAUGCACAAGAUUGCCGCGCGCCCCUCGCCAGAGAGUGGGCGGACUCGCAAGCGUACAGCGAUCUCCAACGCACGGUGCCUUCGCCCUUCCGGAGAAAUGACUACCCGGCUGGCGACGACUACGACUACGUGCGUCCAGACUUUAUACCCGAUGCCUUCCAUCGCCUGUCGCACGAGGACCACAUGGAAGAAAGAGGUUGGAAACGCGACGAGGAAAGCAGACUAGAUGAGAUCGAGCGUCAAAUGAGAAUCCGGCAGAGAAAGGAAAAGCACGACGAAGGCGAACGCAAGAAGAAGAAGCUAAGACAUCGGCAGACUCGUACGCAUCAUGGUGUCGACAACGCCAGAGAAGAACACGACAAGAAAAAUCACAAUGAUGAGCACGAGGACCACGAUGGCAAGAAUAGAAAACAUCACGUUGAUGAAGCUACACAUGACGAGAUGAGUGAGAUUGUUGUGCGUGACGACGUCACGAUUUCCGCACGAGUUCGCAAGCUUACCGUGGAAGGACUUUUUGGUCAGUUGAGUGGACUCUGGGGAUUCGGGAAUGGCGCUCCAUACAAGCACCAUCGCGAUGGCCCUACUGUCGCGAAAGCGAAGAGGCAGGAACGCCACGAAUUUGAACGACUGCAAUCUGCGGCACAUCAUGUUUUAGAGCGCGGCGCUUCCGAAAUCAACGUAGAAAAGUACCUCAAGUGCCAUGUCCUGAACCGAUUUAAAUUUUAAGGCAAAUCAAUGUUCCUCUUGCUUGUUUACCCUCACCUCCUCUGGAGCACGCACCUACUAUACAUAAUUACUUACAAUAAUUUCUUUGGUGAUGAUUGUCGCACAGUUGUUCGAGACGAAAUGAUCGUCAUCAACUUCAUGGACAUCGCCAGCAACAUUUAACUUUAUCGACGUCGUGAUAAGCGUCAGAGCUGUUCGCUUGUUUGUAUAAUUGAUGCGCCCCGGGCAGCGCGUACGAUCUCGCCGGAUUUCUUUGCGCUUCGUGUGUUUUGUGCUAUGGUCGCCUUUGCGACUAUGUUGCGCCCAGCCUUGUUGGUCGCGCGUUGCCCUCUCGUCGCCGCCAGCUACCUAGGGCGUGUCGAGCUAUGCAGCAGGCGGCGUAUGUGGGUAGCGGCUGGCGUGGGUAGCGGUGUCGCGCGGUCGGGCUGCCUGGUGGCCGUUCUUGCUUUCUCGUUCGCUUUCUUUCGGGCUGAGGCUUUCGGGGUGGGUCUGCUUGGGGUUCGUGCUUCGUUCGUCGUUCUUCCUGCUUCGUGCUUUCGUCUUGUCUGCGUUCUCUUUGUCCUCUUGUGUUGACUUGUCUCCCCUUGUUCUGUCUUCGGCUCCACCUAGCUCGGCCCCGCCCUAUCGUAGGGGGUAGCGACUGUUUUACCACAGCGGCCGCUAUUCCUCCUCCCUUGUUUCUUUACUGGAGGUGUGGCGGCUGCGCUUGCAAGAACGCGCCGCCGGCUUGGGUCGCUAGGUCGCGUAGGUGCGGGAUUAUCGGCUUCGGACUGGCUGCAGCCGCCCCCACAUUCGCCGAGGCCCCGUGGCUCCCUGCUAGCGUCUGGAGCGCGGGGCACUCUAGCAGGCGCUGCGUGCUUGCCGCAAAACCAGGGCAGAAAGGGCAGCCGGCGCCUUCUCUGGUGACUCCGCUCCUCGCUAAGCGUCUAAGCUUGAGCGCGUAGAAGUAUUGUAUCGGCGCUCAUUUUCUCGCGAACGUGCUACGCUUCGCAGGGGGUCUUCUUCGCAGCUCUUUGCGCUUGGCAUGGUCUUGGCUGUAUUCUUCCCCGCGUGUGCAGUUCUGUGCAUCUGGUGCGACCUGGCUACGCGUGUGCAGUUCUGUGGAUCCGAAGUAGCCAGCGCUUUUGUUGCAAAAUGCCGCUGCGCCACCGCGAAAGUCUGAGGCUGAUCCGUCGGGGUACUUAGGCCGUCGCGUCUGCUCUGCUCAGAGCGUCGAAAUUCGAAAGGCUCUGGGGUCCCCCUGUGGUGUAUGGUUCGACGCUAUGGAGCAUCAGAGCUGUUCUUGCCAUGAUCGGCCCAAAUUGAUUGCUUUCAUCAGCCGCGUCUAAAAAUUGCAUUUGGUCUUGAACGAAGCUGACCGCUGCACAGACCUCCUUGGACGCUUUGGGGGAAAACCUAACGAGCCCAAUUGGAAGAUUAGCAGCCUCAUGGGACACGAUCGUGACAUGGUGGAUUUCCUUAAGCAUCACGCGUACUUCAACAUUUUCUUUUUCAGCAAGAAAUGCUUUCAUCAUGUAGUUCGUUGUAUUUAAGAUUAUACUCCCUUUGGAGGUUUCAAAGGUCGGAAGGAGUAAUGUUGCAGUUCUUCUGUGCAUGUCUGCCGCUCUAAUUUUGAGAGCAAUUACCUCUAUCCGUGGUGGUCGUGCGCACAUAUGGGGAAGCUUAACAAAGGACGGCUGGACUUUACGGGAAAAGUGAAGAUCAUACAUAAAAGUAAAGACGAACAGUAUUUCUUCAUCACGACUGUUUUUACAACUGGGUGACAGACUAGCUGCUAUUUUUGGCCGCUAUUUUGAUGUAUCUUUUGCAUCUUCCUCUUCGCGUCUUCAGCAUGCAAAUUUUUAUUCAGCAAUCCGGUACAGAGAAUGCUAAGUACUUACACACUGCAAGCACGCCGCCGCGUAUGGCCUUGUUGAGUCAUUUCUUUUCAUUGACUGAGUGCAUAUGCAUACGUCUUGCUUUCGCCAGAUUUUUUUCGACUAGGGGAUAGUAGUUUAUCUCAGUCGCACUUGGAAUGAGGUAAGUAAAUAACUAAGAUCUUUCUUCCACCUUCAUAGUUUCGUUGAACGUGCCGAAGCUGGUCCCCGCGACAAAACGGGAUCUCUCUCAGGGGUACACGAGAUAUCAACGGGAAAUGGUUUUUGCUUUUUGUUAAGGCAGCCAUGUCUGCUAGUGAACCCGGUAGACCAACACCUAACCUAAGCUGACCACUCUGCUCUACUCAACAUGUCUGUUCGUGAGAAUUUUUCAUCUCAGCAUCUUAACUAUUAUUCAUUUACGCAGGUCAUGGUCAUCUUUAUCCGCUCUCCACUUCAUCACCAUCAUCUCUUGACCCCACCCCCCUCUCCUCUGGUUGAACUUACCCCGUGAAUGGGUAGACUACUACUACUAGACUACUAGGAAAUGACUUUUGGGCUCUAAUGUUGGCUGGAGAGGCAUCUUGGCACCGAGGCGAAUGACUACUUUGUUUUUCGCAAUUUCGAUAACUAUCAUCAUGAGGAGCAUUAUGGCUGCAGUGUAGUGGUCUGAUCAUUAACAUGCGAUCAACAUGCGGUAGCAUUUCUUCUCAGGACAUCACCAGAAAAUAUUUGUUAAGUGAUGUCCUCUGAGCAGUCUGAUCAAGGAAGAACAUCAUUAUCUUCAUUUUUUUACUUACGUAGUUCUGCCAGUAGACCAGAUUUCAGUAUCAAUCAGCGUAGUUCUGCCAAGCCAGAUUCCAGUAGCAGGCUGCAGUAUGAUGCUUCUAAUUCUGCGGCCUUCUGGAAAACGUGAAAACCGUGAUAUUGAACAGCCGCGUGCAUCCGCACUGGUAUGCUGUGCGGAGGAACGAGCAUUGUCCGUUGCCCUAAACUUACUUAAACAAGAUGAAUUAAAGAAAUAUUAAUAGCAAAAUCAAACUAUAAAAUAAAAGUUGUAAUUAUUUUAUUAAGUAGAACAAGUACAAGAAGUGAGAUGUUUCGAGUACGAGUUGGAUGGUGCCCCUAGCUCUAGUUGUGGAGAGCUAUUCUAGCUAGAGUACAAAAGAACCACCAGCACGCUGAUGUUGCAUACGACAAGAGCAGCAAAGAUGCAGACUUGUGUGGCAAUGCAGGAACUACUCCUUCGAGCGAUGGUUUCUCGUGCUACGAAGGAGUAUACUUUGAAACUUCACGAUUUUGCAACAAGUCAUGGACAGUCACAGCUUCGGCUGUCAUGUACAUUCGAAUGGGCCAAGGAACGAAAAGUUGAUGGUGGAGAAAUUUGAUGCAUUUCCGCUUUCAUCAAGUGAAAGACGAAACCCAUUCUGGUCGCCAACUACGUCCUCUUGUAUUUAGAGAUAUUCAGAACUUCUUGCUUUUUCCCGAUGAAUAAGAGGACAUCUCUUUGUUGUGGUCGAGUUUAGAGGUUGCACUUGAACUCGUGACUCAUAAAAACCAGGAGACGGUAACUCUGUGGCGUUUCCGUAUCCAUUCGCUGCACUGUCUUGGAAGAUGUCGUAAAAAUAGCUAUAAAACUCAUCUUUUGUAAUCUUUAUUUGGCAAGAUACUGCAGGUGCUAGAAUAUAGAGAAAACCUAGAAUUCGUUGCCUUGCUCGUAUCCAUGAUUAGGAAUACAAACCUAAGAUCGUUAUCGUUUUUUGUUGUUAUUAUUACUAAAUAUUUGAAAGAAUAUACACAUAAUCAAUAAUUCUUCAGCAGGCUUUUUACGCUUAGAGUGAAGAUCAUUGUAACUAAGAAAAACAAAUUUUGUAAAAAAAUAGCAGUGGGUCUCAUGCUCAUCGUUAAUGGUCUGAUAUUCUGUCCAAUCUAUCAUAUUUUCAAUACAUUGUAGUCCGCCAACGGCAAAUUUUACGUUACUACCUCAUACGCAGUAAGACAUGACGAAUCCAUGAUUGUUGAUGUGAGUGUUUAUGUUAUCCCUAGAAACAGUCUCUUGCAAUCGAUUCCUUCGGCAGUGCCCGCAAAACGAAAAAAUAUGGCUCUUAUAUUAGAGUAGUUUAUAGCCGCUGGGCACGCUGGGUGGCUGGGCGGCCUCGCUGGGCACGCGGGGCACGCUGGGCGGCAACGCUGGGCACGCUGGGCGGGCGCUUGGAUAGCGCUGAGCGGACUUGAGGGCCACACCUUGGGCAUGCCGAGCCUGCGCGGCCGUUGGAUUUACUUGCGCCGCGGGGACGCGGUGCAGCGCGUCCCGCGAGGACAAACAAAGGCGGCGCGCCGCCCUCAAGGUUCAGGGCAGCGCUGGCGCAGUGCUGCGCCAGUUCGCGCAGCAGCGGGCUGCGCGGCGCCUGCUCGGUUCAGGCUUGCACUCCGUCGCGCUGCACUGCGCUGCUCGAUGCGUGCAAUGUUGCGCCGCUCUUGUGCACAACGGUAAACUCGCCAGCGUCGUUGGCCUUGGCCUACGCUAGACUAGCGCUGCUGGUGGGGUUCUCAAGCGGGCGCCAGAAGGGCGCCCCCCAAUUGGAGACGCCCGGCGUGACGCUGGGCGCCGAAUUCGGGAGAUCUGGCACAUUUGGGUCGCCCAGCGACCCAGUGUGCCCAGCGUGCCCAGCCCAGCCAUGUUGGGAACCCUUAUCAACUGUUCUAUUAUAUAUUUGAUUGUUUGAGAAAACGAACAAGAUAAACUGGCCAAACGACCAUGAACAUUCAUACAAGAACAAAAGUACAUGAUUACCCCUACUUUCUAUUGGCAUGCUGAUCAUCAAGCACCACUGCAUCAUGAAGAUAGUGUGAAAGCCUCGGAACAUGAUGACGGUCUUCAUUUUUAGCAGAACUUGGUAGAGCUAGAGGUGGGAAAACCAUUACCAUGGACGAAGACUUGUCGCAAGCUAACUCAUGACCACCACAGGGAGAGAUUCGGCGCGGCUUGCAGCGCAUGUCACACAGCAUCUGCAUAAGGACGCGGAGCCAUUAGAAUCAAUUUAUAUCGAGG